AUGGGGAAACCUAAUCACAGCGAUAAAGCCUCCUCUGAAAGCUGCAAAAGCCAAAAGCACACUAUGAAAACUAACAACAUAAUCAAACAGCAUAACAAGCAGGCGAAAAGGUAUCAUAAUGCAUUUCGUAAUCAAUUAAUACAUCAUGGUGGGAAAAUUGUAGAUUCAGCUCUAUCGGUUUUAGCAAACCAACAUGCUAGUCGUAAAAGAUACUCAGAACCGGCUCAGUUAGGUUGGAGCGAUUGGGAGAAAUUAGAUUUCGCCUAUUUUCAGUUUCUCAAACAAUAUAAAUUGGUCAAGCGGAUCCAUACCAAUGCAAAAUACACCAUUUCUCUAUAUAAAUUCAAUCAACUUCGCGUUACUGUCAAACAUAUUACCAAUCCAGGUCGGCAUGAUCAACUUCUUCUAUGGCAACGGCUACAAGAUGAAUAUAAACUAUUAAAAGAUUUUAAUCAUCCCAAUAUUAUGCAAGUAAACGAUUGGUAUAAGACUAAAUCAGACUAUAUGAUUCUCAUGCCAGUUAUGCAUCUUAAUUUAAUUCAAUACUUACUACAACGUCGGGCAUUAGUACCGGAAAAUGAUGUUAAAACUAUCAUAGCACAAGUUCUUCAUGGUCUUCAGUAUCUUCAUUCUCAGCGCUAUAUUCAUUGUAAUAUUCGACCUUGUAAUAUCGUCUUUUCUAGGUCUAAUACUCUUCAAUUAGUUCUUUGUGGUUUUACAUCGGCUGUCUAUCUACCUGCAAUUGCUCAUUCAAUCUCCGAUAGCCAAUGCAGUAAACACAUCAUUGAUCAUAAGGCACCAAUAGAUAUACAAGAUUUUAACUAUUGUGCUCCAGAACUCUUUCAGUUACAUGCUUCCUAUAAUUUUUCAACGGAUUGCUGGAGUGUUGGUGUUCUGUUGUAUAGGCUACUUUUCAAUAUGUUACCUUUCGUAUGGAAUGAUGAUAAUAUUGCGCAUGCAAACAAUUAUUAUAUGCAAAGAAUGCAGACCAUUUUCCAAACGCCACAAGGCGAAAAGCUACCUCUACGCUGUCGAAAUUUAAUAGUAAACUUGUUGAAUCUAGAUGUUACGCGACGGUGGAAAGUUUCCAAAGCACUGGAAAAUGAAUGGCUAAAUGAUCAUCCAAGUAACAUUGCAAUGGUUGCUGGCAAUAAGAGUGAUGAUCCAGUUGAUGUCGAGUCUUAA